ACCCUUUCUGAGGCCAAGGCGCAGGCUGCACGUCCCGGAGGCGCCGUGGUGGGGUCUUGGUGCCUGACGGGGUGGUGCAGAUCACUGGUCGAGCCUCCGCAGCCGCCAUCUUGCCCGCGUCGGGACUCCCACGGCGGGAGUGUCGGCGACCAGGCCGGAAGCAGCUGUGAGCGGCCGCGCUGCCACCUCAGUGCUGUUAUAGAUGUUCUGCAGAUGAACACAGAAUCAACAUGGCUUUCCUUUGCUCAGAAACCGUUGAUAGGACAUGAGCACUUGUUAAACUUGAAGAUUUUCAGUGAAUGGACCUGACUGAACUCUUUGAGCACAUCGGUAAACAUGAGCGGUACCAAACCUGAUAUUUUGUGGGCACCACAUCAGGUUGAUAGAUUUGUUGUAUGUGACUCAGAACUGAGCCUUUAUCAUGUGGAAUCUACUGUGAAUUCAGAACUCAAAGCUGGAUCAUUACGUUUAUCUGAAGACUCUGCAGCUACUUUACUAUCAAUAAAUUCAGAUACACCCUAUAUGAAAUGUGUUGCCUGGUAUCUCAAUUAUGAUCCUGAAUGUCUCCUGGCGGUUGGACAAGCUAAUGGUCGAGUUGUUCUCACAAGUCUUGGUCAAGAUCAUAACUCAAAGUUCAAAGAUUUGAUAGGAAAAGAAUUUGUACCAAAACAUGCACGACAGUGCAAUACACUUGCAUGGAAUCCAUUGGAUAGUAACUGGCUUGCUGCUGGUCUGGAUAAACAUAGAGCUGAUUUUUCAGUGCUAAUAUGGGAUAUCUGUAGCAAAUAUACUCCUGAUAUAGUUCCCAUGGAGAAAGUCAGACUUUCAGCAGGUGAAACUGAAACAACAUUGUUAGUUACAAAACCACUUUAUGAAUUAGGGCAGAAUGAUGCUUGUCUCUCUCUUUGUUGGCUUCCACGAGACCAGAAACUUCUGCUUGCUGGUAUGCAUCGUAACCUAGCUAUAUUUGAUCUUCGGAAUACAAGUCAGAAGAUGUUUGUAAAUACAAAAGCUGUUCAGGGGGUGACAGUAGACCCAUACUUCCACGAUCGUGUUGCUUCCUUCUACGAAGGUCAAGUUGCAAUAUGGGAUCUUAGAAAAUUUGAGAAACCAGUUUUGACUUUGACUGAGCAACCAAAGCCCUUAACAAAAGUAGCAUGGUGUCCAACUAGGACUGGUCUGCUUGCCACAUUAACAAGGGAUAGUAAUAUUAUUAGAUUGUAUGAUAUGCAACAUACACCCACACCUAUUGGGGAUGAAACUGAACCCACAAUAAUUGAAAGAAGUGUGCAACCUUGUGAUAAUUACAUUGCUUCCUUUGCAUGGCAUCCAACAAGUCAAAAUCGAAUGAUAGUUGUAACUCCCAACCGAACCAUGUCUGACUUCACAGUUUUUGAAAGAAUAUCUCUUGCCUGGAGCCCAAUUACAUCUUUAAUGUGGGCUUGUGGUCGUCAUUUGUAUGAAUGUGCAGAAGAAGAAAAUGAUAAUUCUUUAGAAAAAGAUAUAGCAACAAAGAUGCGCCUUCGGGCUUUAUCAAGGUAUGGACUUGAUACAGAGCAGGUUUGGAGAAACCACAUUUUAGCUGGAAAUGAAGAUCCACAGCUCAAGUCCCUGUGGUAUACUCUGCACUUUAUGAAGCAGUAUACAGAAGAUAUGGAUCAGAAAUCUCCGGGCAACAAAGGAUCAUUGGUUUAUGCUGGAAUUAAAUCAAUCAUAAAAUCUUCUUUGGGAAUGGUGGAAAGCAGCCGACAUAAUUGGAGUGGAUUAGAUAAGCAAGCUGAUAUUCAAAAUUUAAGUGAAGAGAGAAUCUUAGCUUUACAGCUUUGCGGGUGGAUAAAGAAGGGAACAGAUACAGAUGUGGGGCCAUUCUUGAACUCCCUUGUACAAGAGGGGGAAUGGGAGAGAGCAGCUGCUGUGGCGUUGUUCAACUUGGAUAUUCGACGAGCAAUUCAAAUCCUGAACGAAGGGGCAUCUUCAGAGAAAGGAGAUCUGAACCUCAAUGUGGUAGCCAUGGCAUUAUCAGGUUAUACGGAUGAGAAGAACUCCCUUUGGAGAGAGAUGUGCGGCACUCUACGAUUACAGCUGAACAAUCCGUAUUUGUGUGUCAUGUUUGCUUUUCUGACGAGCGAAACAGGAUCUUAUGAUGGAGUUUUGUAUGAAAACAAAGUUGCAGUACGUGACAGAGUAGCAUUUGCUUGUAAAUUCCUUGGUGAUACUCAGUUAAAUCGAUACAUCGAAAAAUUGACCAAUGAGAUGAAAGAGGCUGGAAAUUUGGAAGGAAUUCUGCUUACAGGCCUUACUAAAGAUGGAGUGGACUUAAUGGAGAGUUACGUUGACAAAACUGGAGAUGUCCAAACAGCAAGUUACUGCAUGUUACAGGGUUCUCCUUUAGAUGUUCUUAAAGAUGAAAGGGUUCAGUACUGGAUUGAGAAUUAUAGAAAUUUAUUAGAUGCCUGGAGGUUUUGGCACAAACGGGCUGAAUUUGAUAUUCACAGGAGUAAGUUGGAUCCCAGUUCCAAGCCUUUAGCACAGGUGUUUGUGAGUUGCAAUUUCUGUGGCAAGUCUAUCUCCUACAGCUGUUCAACUGUCCCUCAUCAGGGCCGUGGUUUUAGUCAGUAUGGAGUCAGUGGCUCACCAACAAAAUCUAAGGUCACAAGUUGCCCUGGCUGUCGGAAACCCCUUCCUCGAUGUGCACUUUGCCUCAUUAAUAUGGGAACACCUGUUUCUAGCUGUCCUGGAGGAUCCAAAUCAGAUGAAAAAGUGGACUUGAGCAAGGACAAAAAAUUAGCUCAAUUUAACAACUGGUUUACCUGGUGUCACAAUUGCAGGCAUGGGGGGCAUGCUGGACACAUGCUUAGUUGGUUCAGGGACCAUGCAGAGUGCCCCGUGUCUGCCUGUACAUGUAAAUGUAUGCAGUUGGAUACGACAGGGAAUCUGGUACCAGCAGAGACUGUCCAGCCAUAAAACGUUAUCACCUAAAGACAAACCUUGAAGUGUGGAGCUUUCUAACAGAAGUCCUUCACAGCUCAAAACAUACCUCAGAAUAAGUCACUCGUGACUCCUGUAAUGGGAAAUAAAUCAUCCUAUGAGAUCAGCAAUUUGAUGUCUGAGUGAUUUUGGUGUGUUUCACAGAGACAAAUGCUGCUGAAAUGAACGUUAAAGGGUGGGCGUGAGUUCUGUUCAGUAGGUUGAAAAAGUUUAUUUUGGAAGAACUUUAUUGGCUUUUGUUGAAAUUAUGAAUGCUUUACAAGCAGAGUUUUUAGAAUAAGCAUGAAUAAACCUUGAACCCAUAUCUUCAGAGCUGAAGUUGGAUAUAAUUCAAUAAAAUCUGUGUACUUUUACAAUAGAAUAACAUGAUUAAUUCAGUGAUUCAGACCAUAGUUUAAGCUCAUCCAUGCUUAGAUUCCUUCGAGAUGAAGUUAAGAAUUAUAGAGUUGCACUUUUUCAGAGUUGGAGAGGCCCUACCCCAAACUAGAGAAUACAUUUUAUGAAUGCAUGGUUAAUAUAUAUUUAUAAGAAGCUUUUCCCUCCUACACUUUCACUUAAGAAAUAUUUUGGCACAGACCAUUAUUGUCUUCCUAGAAAAGCCAAAAUUGUGAAUGUAUCAUAACUUUUUCUCUUCCAAAGAGAAAAAUAUGCACCAUUUCAGGGGAACAUGUUCUAAAAUUUUCUGUUUCAACCUUUCCCUUCCAGUGUCCUGAUCUGCCUUUCAAGAUUUCCUUCCAUGCUGCAUAUUAAUUCAUCAUUCUUAUCUUCAUUAUCUGGGAGCAUUUUAUUGAACAAAAAUCUAUGCAAGAUUAUAUGUGACCAUUCAGCAUAGUCCAUGUCAGUAACUCCUAUCAGAUUCCCUCCCAGGAUUCCGUGUUUUUCCCAAGGCAGACUGACUGGGAGACUUCGGGUACAAAGGAUUUAUAGCAUGCUUCUUUAUGAAAUGCAGAGGACUGAACUGGAUUUUGUAGUUGAAGUUGUGUUCAAGUUAAAAUAGAAAGUAAACCUAAAACAUAAUUAUUUUAUAGAUUUUGGAAGGAAAAAAAUAUGUUAAACUAAGGAAUUUUAAGAGCUUUCAUAUUAAAAUCGGAUCUAUUAGUUUAGUUUGAGGCUUCACCUAAAUACUGAACAAAAGUGGAUUUUUUUUUAACUUGAAAGCUGAUACGAAAGUCCCUUUUUGAGGAAAACACUGGAUGUAUUGCAUAUCUAAAGAUCUUACCUAGGUGACAAUCUUCUUUUAAAAUGAAAGAAUUGGGAAUGCUUAUAAUUUCUUACAGAGAUCCCUAUUAAAGGGGACAUUUUUUCCAGUUUUCUAAGUAUAUCUUACUGAUUUUAGUUAGUAUUCAAAUUUAAUGUGUACUAAAUGCGAAAGGUCAGAUUUAAGUCAUGUCAAACUCUUAUACAUUUUCAUUUCUCCUUGCUAAAACAGGACAUAAAAAUAUUGAGUUUAUAUUUAGAAUAGGGUUAUAUCUAAACUAUUUAUAAUUUUUGGAAAUAUACUAUAAUGAAACAUAAAUAUAAAGACUUCUGUAAAUAAUCUGCUUAUUUGCAAUCAUAAUAUGUAGAGUGAUAUUUUUAAGAUUAUUUUUUUGUCAACCUAGCAUUUUCUGUGAAGCUGAAAUGUGUAGUUUAUAAGAUUCUAUUGUGUUUGUUUUGCAUUUCAAUAUGUGUCAACCAUGAAAAUAGAUAACAUUAUUUUCCCAUUUUUAUUACUAGGUCACCGAUAUUUGAGUUUAUAAAUUCAAGAUAUUUUACCUAGACAUGUUCAGUGGAAGUGUUUAAUAAAGGUGUUUUUUUUAUUUUUUAAAUGAUUGAAUAAAUCUGGGUUGCAGUCAACAUGUCUUAUGUAGAAAUGAUCUAUGACUCUUUACAAAUAAUUCACUAAAAUAAUAUUAGUACCUAUUCUGAUGGGCAGAGCUGAUGGUUAAUCUUAGAAGCAACAUAUCUUUCAGACUCUGUUUUUCAGCUUACUGUAUUUUCCAAGAUGGUUAUCAUUUAGUAUAUUUAAAAAGUAGCAUUCCAUUAUCAGCUGCACAUGGUAAGUAUGUGUUAAAAAAGAACAACAGCUCUGCAUUUCAUUGGAUGUCUGAAUUUCGGUCACUCAUCUGACGGCACCAACGUUAAAAGUAUGAGCUUUGAAACUUAAAUUCUAAUCCCGACCCCAGUGUUUUGGGCAACUGACUUGACUAUUUUCAAUUGCCUCCUCUUAAAAGAAGGGUACAGCAAUACCCAUGGGCAAUUGUGAGGGUUUUCAUUUUGUUUUUUCUUUUCAGUUGCCAUCAAUUUCGACUCAUGGUGACUCCAUGUGUUGCAGAGUAAAACUGCACUCCAUAGAGUUUUCAGGGCUGUGACCUUUUGGAAGCAGAUCACCAGGCCUUUCUUUUUAGGUGCCUCUGGGUUGGUCUGAACUGCCAACCUUUCAGCUAGUAGUUGAGCACUUAGCUGUUUGCACCACCCCGAAGUGCCAUAUCUUGGCCACAUAGCUUUGUAAGUUAUAAAGAUUAUCAGUCAUUGUUACCUUAGUCUUCACUGUUACUCUUGUGUCAGUAGUUUUUAAAUGAAUAUGUUAUAAUUUGAACAAAGAAUCUACAUUUUUCUCAGGAAUGAAAAUUUUCUAGGAACUUCUUUUUAUAAGUCUAGAAAAAUUACAGCAUUUUCUUUUGAGGUAGGACUUGACUGCUUUUGUUUACCGUAUAUUUAAAAUAUUACUGUUUGUUGUAUGUGAAAUUGACUAGGAGUAUAUGAUAACAGGAGUGAACCCAUGGAUAAAAAUUAAAUUUAUGGUGAAUCUGGACAGUUGAGAAGUGACCUUGAAAAAACGUUUUCGGGGAAAUGGUUAAAUAAGUGCAUGAAGAUGUAUUUUUCUAUGAGGUGGUUCAUCACAGUAUUGUUUAUAAUUAGAACUUGAAAACCUAAAUGUCUAAUAUUGGAAAAGUGAGUAAAUAAAUUAUGGUUUAUACAUACAGUAGAAUGCCAAGAAACUGUUCAGUGUAGAUACUUUUAUUGACAAGGAAGAUUUAUAAUAUAUUGGUAAGUAGAGGGAAAGACAAGUUAUAGAAUAGUACGUAUGGCAUAUAAACAUGUUUACAUAGAAAACUUGAAUAUUUACAAAAACUUUAACAAUGGUCAUCUUUAAGGGAUGGAAUUUUGAGUGAUUUUUAUUGCUUCUCUGUAUCUUCUGGUUUCUCUAUAAUGUAUUCUUUGCAUAGUAAAUUUAUAUGCAUAUUACAUACAGAGAGAUACGUUUCUGACUUUUAUAAAAGUUAUACUUUACCUGGUAUCUUGUUAUAAUGAACAGUAAGUCAUUGGGAAUUAUUCAGUGAGGUGAAGAAAUUUGUUACAAGAAUUUAUAGCAUUGAGGAGAGAUGGCCCAAGAUGGAAGCUUAGACAUACCGUGCCAUCCCUCUACAACAAAGACCUGAGAAACCAAGUGAAACAGAUAAGAGAUGACAAUCCUUGAGCCCUGAACAUCAAAUGCAAUGAUAGAGAAUUGAGACCAAUUGGACAAAGAAUCUGAACAAAAACAGUGAACAAAGAGAGAUACAGAGGGGAGGUGCCCUGUUAGCCCAGCCCAGUGUGGCCAUCUUGAAACAAAGUAAGCAGUGAUGAGUGAGGAGCACAGGAAGGCAACUUCAUGAAACCCCCAAUAGGAGACAGAAAUUGUGUAGAUACACCCAAAGUGAAGCAAGGUGAACAGAAUGUAAACCACAUCUAAGGAGGAGAAGUACAAGAGGAGGACAAGAGCUCCAGGGAUCCUGGUAUCCACAUUGCUGGGAGGAAGCCAGGAUCCAGAGACAAGACUACUCCCCAGCGGCAGUCGCUGAUCAUUGGGAUGGGUGGCACACACAGAAUCAUUUAUAGAGUGUCAGCAGGAGAUCCUCUAUCCAACCGCACUACAAGCAGCCCCCGUCUCCUCACACUUGCUGAGGGCCAGGUCCUGAUUGCUGGCUGCAGCCAGUGGGAAGUGCCCAGGCACCCAUGCCUGGUGACUAGGGGAGCAUGCUCUGCCUCCCACCAUCCUCUUGGUGAUUACUGGCACAAACACCCCCACCCCUGCUGCCCUGGCCAUCUGGGGACUGAUGAGUCCCC